GGUUGAGGGGGCUGGGAAACAAGUGCGACCUCUCCUCUAUGGUCCGGAGCCCGGGGCACCUUCCUUGGCAGUCUUAGGUUACUUCCGGAAGUGAAGCUGCCACCUCCUCCUCGACUUCCGCGGGGUCCAGGCCGGGUUGGCUGCCGGGUGGGCCCCAGGAUGAGCGCAGUGAUUUAAUGAUGCUUUGCUGCACUUUUCUAAGUCUGAAAUUUUCUAUGCCUGUGGAUCUCAGAAUUUGCUGAGAUGGAGUCUCAGCAAAAUGACCUGAACACGAUGACCCUUGAGAAAGAUGACACUCCCAAGAGCACCAGCCCUCAGAUUUCUGUCAGUGAAUUUUCUUGCCACUGCUGUUAUGACAUCCUGAUUAACCCCACCACCUUGAACUGUGGGCACAGCUUCUGCCGACACUGCCUAGCUUUAUGGUGGACCUCUUCGAAGAAAACAGAGUGUCCAGAAUGCAGAGAAAAAUGGGAAGGUUUCCCCAAAGUCAAUAUUCUCCUCAGGGAUGCCAUUGAAAAAUUAUUUCCUGAUGCCAUUAGAAUGAGAUUUGAAGACAUUCAGCAGAAUAAUGACAUAGUCCAGAGUCUUGCAGCCUUUCAGAAAUACGGGAAUGAUCAAAUUCCUUUAGCUCCCAACACAGGCCGAGUGAAUCAGCAAAGAGGAGGGGGAUUCUUUUCAGGAGUGCUCACAGCUUUAACUGGUGUGGCAGUGGUCCUGCUCGUGUAUCACUGGAGCAGCAGGGAAUCUGAGCAUGACCUCCUGGUCCACAAGGCUGUGGCCAAAUGGACAGCGGAAGAAGUUGUCCUCUGGCUGGAGCAGCUGGGCCCUUGGGCCUCUCUCUACAGAGACAGGUUUUUAUCCGAAAGAGUAAAUGGAAGAUUGCUUUUAACCUUGACAGAGGAAGAAUUUUCAAGAGUGCCAUACACCAUAGAAAACAGCAGCCACAGGAGAGCCAUCCUCAUGGAAUUGGAGCGUGUCAAAGCACUGGGCGUGAAGCCCCCCCAAAAUCUCUGGGAAUAUAAGGCUGUGAACCCGGGCAGGUCCCUGUUCCUGCUGUAUGCCCUCAGGAGUUCCCCCAGACUCGGUCUGCUGUACCUCUACCUGUUUGACUACACAGACACCUUCCUACCCUUCAUCCACACCAUCUGCCCUUUGCAAGAAGACAACUCCGGGGAGGACAUCAUCGCCAAGCUUCUGGAUCUUAGAGAGCCCACAUGGAAGCAGUGGAGAGAAUUCCUUGUCAAAUACUCCUUCCUUCCGUACCAGCUGAUCGCCGAGUUUGCCUGGGACUGGCUGGAGGUCCAUUAUUGGACGUCGCGGUUUCUCAUCGUCAACGCCAUGUUACUCUCGGUUCUGGAGUUAUUCUCCUUUUGGAGGAUCUGGUCAAGAAGUGAACUGAAGACUGUGCCUCAGAGGAUGUGGAGCCAUUUUUGGAAAGUAUCAACACAGGGGCUUUUUGUGGCCAUGUUCUGGCCCCUCAUUCCUCAGUUUGUUUGCAACUGUUUAUUUUACUGGGCCCUGUACUUUAACCCAAUUAUUAACAUUGAUCUUGUGGUCAAGGAAGUCCGACGACUAGAAACCCAAGUGUUUUGAGUGGCACUGCCCAGGCUCUGAGGGACUCUUCCAGCCUCCCUGACGUCUGAGCUUUGAUGCUUAAGUGAAGGGGGGAUGGGAGUGGACUUCCUAUUUUCUUUCCGUAGUAAACAAGGUGCUGCUUUCUCUGUCAAAGGCUAUACCCAGGUCUCCCUCUGCCUGUGUCAUUGUGGCAGCAGGGACUGGCACCCCAGAGCUGGGCUGACACAGCAGCAGCACCUCUCACCUGCCGCCUUGCUCACAGGAACUUGGGAGGCCCAGUCCACUAUGGCUUGCAAGGACCUAGGGUCCCCAGAGGAUGUGGUAUGGGUGACAUCAUAAGGCUGCCAUGUCAGCAGUCCUACUUGCCCUAACCCCAGUGACUGACAAAGGCUCCCAGGGCAAGUUGGAGUCCUGAGACUGAGCCCAACACCAGGCUUGCUGGGGCCAGGCCUCUCCUCUAAGUCAAGUUUAGGAAAAUGGAAGAUUAUGUCAUAGGCAUAGACAGUUGCGCCUAAAAAAUACAGAGGAAAACCAAAACCCAAUAGACAAUUGUUUUAUUGAAGAGUUGCUAAGAGGUUAAAGAGAUAAAUAUCUAAAGGAUUCAGUUUAAGACUAGAAUGAUGGUUAGACUCAUCCUGUUUCCAAUUUCUAAUCAGUGAAAGUUUGGAUCCCUUUCUCUGAGUGAGGGGAUUGAGUAGGAUGUCAGGAUAUUAUCAGAUGAUAAUUCAUAUCAGGCUGAGCUGCCUCAAUGCUACUUAAAAUUGUUUUGGCCCUGGCUGGGUGGCUGGGAGUGUCGUCCUGUACACCAGAAGGCUGCAGGUUCAAUUCCCAGUCGGGGCU